CCAGCUGGUACUUUAGCUGAUGCUCUUGCACAAAUAUUUAUGCUGACAACUCGAACGCAAUUACGACAGCAAGCUUAUCAGAUGUUUAAUGUGGAUAACAACCGAGACUUUGCUCUUGCUGUUGAAGCUCGCUUGAAUAAUUACUUUAGAAGCAAGCAACAGAAGCUUGAUAAGAGGUCAAUUCUACAAAUACGUGAAGAAAAAGAUAAUGCAAGCGUAAUCUUGGAAAAUUUUCUGAAGAUGGCAGGUUUACCGCCGGAUGAAGUAAAAAAGUUUUGUCAAAAGGAGUAA